UUGGUUAGAGAACUGCGUCACCGGAAGCGUCCUUUUUAAGGUUUUUGUUAAAUCGUGCUGGAACAGGAAGGUUAUAGUCCUUACAAUUCGCAGAAAUGCCACCAAAAAGAGGAAAGGUACAGAAGGAAGAAGUGCAGGUCUCUCUCGGGCCUCAGCUUCGUGAAGGAGAAGUCGUAUUCGGAGUAGCUCACAUCUUUGCCAGCUUCAACGACACAUUUGUGCACGUUACCGAUCUGUCGGGCAGAGAAACAAUUGCUAGAGUUACUGGUGGCAUGAAAGUAAAAGCAGAUCGUGAUGAAGCCUCACCAUACGCAGCUAUGCUUGCAGCUCAGGAUGUUGCAGAAAAAUGUAAAUCUUUGGGCAUCACAGCACUGCACAUCAAAUUGAGAGCUACGGGAGGCAAUAAAACAAAGACUCCUGGCCCAGGUGCACAAUCUGCUCUGCGCGCUUUAGCCCGGUCAAGCAUGAAAAUUGGUCGUAUUGAAGAUGUUACUCCUAUUCCAUCAGAUUCUACUCGCAGGAAGGGAGGUCGUCGUGGACGUAGGCUAUAAGCUGUUCUUAUGGCUUUCUGUAUGGAGUGUAUUAUCUUUCAAUAAACAUAUUUAAAAAAAC